AUGGAAAGAGCAAAUGAGGCCAUUUUGCGGGUCGGCUGCCACUUGGAGGAACUGGGACUAGUAUUGGCCCCACAAAAGACAGAGGCAAUCAUUAUGGCUGGAAGGAGGAGACUUCACCCAAUCACCUUUUUGGUGCAAGGAUCAGGUAUCACACCUAAGACCAAGGAAAAAUACUUAGGUAUUUGGUUGGACAAAUCAAGGACCUUUAUUCCCCAUGUUGAGGAAACCGCAAGAAAGGCCUCUGUGAUGACAGUAGCUAUAAGUCGAACAAUGAAGAACAUUCGAGGCCCAAAGGAGGAAAAAAGACGACUUAUAUUCUCAGCAGCUCGGUCUCUGCUUUUGUAUGGAGUACCGGUGUGGCAAAGUGCCAUGCAGUUUGCAAAAGCAAGGGAUGUGGCUCUCAGGGUGCAACGGAUUAUGCAAUGA